AUGGUCUUCAAGACGAUUACAUUCGACGUCAACGGAGACAUUAACAGUGAUUUUCCGCCUUCUCCCGAUUCUUCUCCGCCGUCCACACUCUGUCUUCCUUUGACUCGCCGUUGCACUAGAUCCAUCUCGGUUGAGAGCCAGAGGAAACCGGAAGAGCCCUCAAGCAUUAGUCCUUCAGAGAUUGAUUUCAAAUUUCCGGAGCAGAAACAGCUGAGAAGGUUCACUUAUAAGGAGCUGCGACAAGCCACUGGAAAUUUCAGCAGCGAGAAUGCCUUGGGCGAGGGUGCAUUCGGCAAGGUCUACAAAGGACGUUUGUCUUCUGGAUAUCUCGUGGCCGUGAAAAGAAGUAACCGGAAGUUCCACUCAGGAUGCCUGAAGGAACUGUUCCAAGCGGAAGUACAGGUAGGCAAACUGGUCAUGCACCGAAAUGUGGUCCCAAUGAUCGGCUUCUGUGAAGGGACGAAUUCCAAGGAGCGCCAUUGUUUACUAUAUCCUUUCAUACCGAAUGGAAGUCUGAUGUCUUACUUAGGGGGGCCUCCAAGAUCACUAAUCCCGCUUGACUGGCCCGCCAGGAAGCACGUUGCUCUAGGACUAGCCAGAGGACUUUCGUAUCUGCAUGACAAUUGCUUCCUCAGGAUAAUUCACCAUGACAUAAAGCCAUCAAACAUAUUGCUAGAUGAGAACCUUGAACCUCGUAUUGCAGAUUUCGGCACGGCUAAAUUCAUGCAUCACAGCCUGCCCAGAGCAUCCCUAACUGCAGUGCCCUAUUGUAUAGCUGGAAGAAGCUCCGGAAACCCUGUGCAAAAAAGUCAAGGUGCAACAUGUUCAAACGAAGGUAAGACCACUCAUCUGUGGGGUACCCCUGGCUAUAUGGCUCCUGAAUUUAGCAGAGAGGGGACGUUUUCCGUGAAGAAUGAUGUUUAUGCCUACGGAGUCACCCUUCUUGCAAUAGUCUCUGGCUGUUCUCCUUCUGACCUCCGUCGUCUAGCUGUUACGGAAGGCUUUCAUGCAACAUCUGUUUGGGUGAAAAAACUAUUUGACUCCGGAAACUUGGGACAGAUAAUAGAUAGCAGUAUGAGGGGCGAAUAUGACGAGGCUGAGGUGGAGACACUCAUCAAACUUGCCCUCCUUUGCUCCCAAGAUUCCCCAGCCAAAAGACCCAACAUGUCAGAGGUAGUUGUUAUUCUUGAAGGUAGCAACUGCAGCUUGGGUAUAAGGUGGGAAGAAUUUGAAAGAAAGGGAAUCAGAGACGCAGAAGAGCAGAUUGUAACCGAUCGAGAGUUCAGUCCCGAAGAAUUGUCCUGUCCGAGAUGA